CAGCUCCCGCAUAGCUGCACUUCACAGCUCUGCUCCAGUGUCAGACUCUACAUCAGGGGACUUCAUCUGGAUCACAAUGAAGCUGUUCACCAGAACUCUGAUUCUGUGCUUGGCACUUGCUCUCACUAAUGCAGCACCUUCGCAGCCACCAGAUUUGGCGGCAGAGGUUGCUGCUUUGCCAGAUCGAUGUGCUGGCAUUGAAUUUGAUGCCAUCACUCCUGAUGAGCAGGGAAACACUUUCUUCUUCAAAGGUGGCCACCUGUGGAAAGGUUUCCAUGGUCCUGCUCAGCCUUCCAACGAAAUAUUCAAGAAACUACACGACAUCCAUCCGCUUGGCCAUGUUGAUGCUGCUUUUCGCAUGCACAAUGCAGAGAACCCAGAUGACCAUGAUCACAUUUAUUUCUUCGUGGAUGAUAAAGUGGUCCGCUUCUAUGACCAAUCUCUGGAGGAUGGGUAUCCGAAAGAAAUGACGGAGGAGUUCCCAGGAGUCCCCACUCACCUGGAUGCUGCCGUGGAGUGUCCCAAAACAGAGUGCAUGACCAACACAGUGCUGUUUUUUAAAGGACAAGAUGUGUAUUUUUAUGAUCUCGCCACUAAGACAGUGAAAACCAAGACAUGGUCCCACCUGCCUCAGUGCACGUCUGCUUUCCGCUGGUUGGAGCACUAUUACUGCUUCCACGGGCACAACUUCACCCGCUUCCACCCAGUGUCAGGAGAGGUGACCGGCAACUACCCAAAGGACGCCCGCAAUUACUUCAUGAAGUGCCCCAACUUUGGUCAUGGAGGUGAUCGUACAGUCCCGAAAUGCAGCGAGGUCAAACUUGAUGCCAUCUCAACGGACGAUACGGGCAAAACUUAUUUCUUUGCAGGUUCUACCUACAUGCGCCUGGACACCAGUCGUGACGGCCUUCACGGCUUUCCAAUAACCAGAUCAUGGAAAGAACUGACCAACGGAGUGGAUGCUGUCUUCUCCUACAUUGACAAAAUCUACUUAAUGAAGGAUGAUAAGGUUUACAUCUAUAAAGCAGACGCUCACUACACCCUCAUUGAAGGCUACCCUAAAAGCUUGAAGGAGGAACUGGGCAUUGAAGGACAUGUGGAUGCUGCUUUUCUCUGUCCCAAUGAACACACAGUUCAUAUCAUCCAAGGAGGCAGGAUGCGUGACGUUGACCUCACAGCUACUCCCAGAGCCAUCACCAACGAUGUACCUUUACCUCCACACUUGUCUGAUAUUGAUGCUGGUCUUUGUGGGCCAGAUGGAGUGAAAGUGUUCAAGGGCUCCCAGUUUUACCUGUAUGAGAGCCCCAAGAUACUGGCCACAGGAAGGAUAAUUGUUGAACCUCAGAAAAUCACCUCAGCAAUGAUGGGAUGUCAGGAUUGAGUGAGGAGAAAAAUUAUCCAGACACACCAAGAGUACAGAAUCAAAAUGAUCACACUUUAAAUGGAGUGAAGAGGGCUAAAUUUACAUCAGCUUGCAUCUUACAUGUAAGAUUUUGGAAAAAAUUCUUUCAUGCAGUCAAGUUUGACUUUUGUUUGGUGAAUAAAAGGUGGAAAAGAAAA